CAGAUCAUAUUUGAAAAUACAAUCCUGCUUAUUCAUUUAAGAAUUUGAUUUUCACGACGCCAUCGCCAUCCAUUCCAUCUAAUUGAUACAAAAGAUCAUUAUUAUUGAAUUUGGAGUUCUGAGAGCAAGUUGACAAGAAAAUCUUUCGUACUGAAGAGCAAGGAAAUCAAAUCCAAAUCUCAAAAACAAUUGGACGGACGUGCACAAGUUUUGGCGUUCCCGAGAUACGCGGAAAAGGUUUCCGUCGCGUUUUCUUGGUUGGUUUCCAUUUUUGGACAACCGUCCAAUUUUCUGCCGAUUUCGACAACUUUUUGAAUGCUUCGCGGGUUAAACAAGAGCGAGAGUUCGCGCUCUGCAAUUGACUGGUGCGUGCUCUUCACUCCGUCCCCCCACUCUCUCCUUCUCCUUCUCUCUCCAUUCCAAAGGGAUCGUCCUGGUGGGUGGGUACUUGGGGUUUCAGGCAGAGGCAAAGCCGGUGGAAUGCGACCAAUUUUUCUGGCUUCGAGACCCCUUUGCCGUGUUCCUUGGGUUUCCGAAUCUGAGAAACCUAAUGUGGACUCUCGCAGCAGAUGAAGGCCUUUGAAGAUCGUCUAAUCGCAGUCUUAAACCUUCUCUCGCACCAGACGAAUGCUUCAUAGCCUGCUCGCCUCCUUGGCAGCCAUUCGGAGGGUCUGAUUGUAGGUUAUUAUAGUUCCCUGUGGUUUCAAUGAAGGUUGUGGCCAAAGAAGAGACAGCGAAGAGACAACUAUUCAAAAGGAUCUAUCAAUUGAAGUUUGCUAUACUUCAUGACAAUACUAAUAUGUUUCAAGUAAAUCUUGGGGGACCUAAAAUUAAACGAGAAAAUAUCAAAUAUGAUGUCAAAUGUUUAAGUUGUUAGAUAAUAAAAGUGGAACAGCAGUCAGUGGCUUGGUGGUUUGCUAAAAGGAUCGUUUAUUUCACUGUGAAAUUGGGAUGAUAAUACCAUGGAUUUUGUGACAGAAUUAUGAGGUAAAAUAAUGCUAUUUGUGUGACUAUUGUGUUCGACUCACCAGGCCUUCUGAUUUUCUACAAAGAGCAAUCAGUCACUCUCUUGAAAUCCUUGUGGAUUUGUAAUUUGUAUGUAAAUGAAAUUGGUAAACUACAUGGUACACAAAAUCCAUUACUACUGAUUAAGAUUCACAAUUUAAUUCUUGACCUGGGGACUACUGCUGAAAGGAUUGAACACUAAAGUUAGAAAGACUAUGACUUUUAAUCCCCAAUUGAAUGGGUAAUUGGAAUGAACGAUUCAAACUCUAAAAGAUAUGUUAUGAGCAUGGCCACUAAAGGAAAAGGUGAUUAGGAUAAACAUAUGAAAUUGACAGAAUGCGCCUAUAAUAAUAGCUCUCAUUCUUGUGUGGAGAUAACACCAAGUGAAGUUCAGUUUGGAAAACCACAUUGAACGCCUUUUUGUGAACUAAAUCUAGAGAUUAUAAGAUCGAGAACACCUUAGUCCUAGAAGACUAUUCUGACUAAGUGACUAAUUGAUCAGUAAAAAAGAAAAGGAACUUGAUUGUAACUCAAAGCAGACAAGAAUUAUAUGCUAAUGACAGAUUCAAAGUUUGAGGUACAAGUUCAUGUAUUUCUGAUGAUUUUACUGCAAAGGGUGCCUUUCGUACACACUUUGUCUAUCAUACUCUCGUACCAUGAUGUUCUAAAAUUGCUGUACGUGGACACACUUGCCCGUACCAAGACCCAUAUCUAUGUGACUUAGAUUAUAAUAUAAGUGUAAAUUGAAUUUUUGACUUACUAUAAAGGGUAGUUCAGGAAUAUGUAUAUAUAUGUGGUGAUAAGCCUGAAUUUCAAUAUAAAAUAUCAAAUUUUAUGGUUAGGUACAAGUUGGAUGAUUGUAGAAUGUAUAUGUAUGUGUGUGCACACAUACAUGCAUGUGUGUGUUUAUAACAAAAAGGGUAUUAUUGGAAAAACCAGAAAAAAAAUGUGCAGCAGAGGGGUCAUGGAUGUAAAUGGGUGAUUUUUGGAAUUCUUGUAUUAGUUAAUGUUGACUAUGUUAUUCCUUUAAAAGGAUACAUAAUAUAUAUAAUUAUGCAUAUAUCUAACGUCUAUGCACAAAAGGGAGAUAUGGGAGGGGAGUUGGGUUUGACCCAAUGGUCCACACCAACUCAGCUCCACUCACCACCUCCCAUGUCUUGUCCAAAAUAAAAACAGCUAGAGAUGGGAGAGGAAGUCUUACUGGCAGAAUGAGGUAGAGGGAGAUCAGAGGCUGUGCAAGAGAAAGAGGGAAGGAGAGAGAGAGAGAGAAGGGAGUGAGGCAGAGAGCAGAAGGAAUACAUGGGAGAAAAAAAAAAAAAAAAGAAAGAGAAGCUGCAACAACUGCAAGUGAAGGGGAAAAAACUCACAGAGGUGGAGGGCAGAGAGAGUAUGUGGGUGGCGGAAAAGAAGAAAGAGAAGCAGCAACAACAACAAGUAAAGAGGAAAAAAUGGAAGAAGCUCACAGCAGCAUCAAUAGGAGCAGAGAAGGAGGAGGAGGACAGCAAAGUAAAAACAAAACUACAUUAAAAAAUAUGCACAAGAAAUAUCCUUAUAUACAAAUCAUACAAAUACUGUUCACUGCAAAAUACAUGAAGUUACGAACUUAUAGAAAUAGUAAUGUAAAACAAGAUAUACAAAUAUAUAAGUGCUCACAUACAUUCUUACAGCAAGUUCUGUUGCUUUUGUUAUUCAUGGGUAAAAUAGAAUGUAUUUCUGAACUUUCUGCUGUUGCUACAUUCUUCCCAGAAAUUCAAGAUGCUAAUCUUGUGUGGUCCAUUGCAUGUCUCAUGGGUGUGGGUACUGGUGCGAUAUGGGAAUGGUGGUGCAGGUAUGGGUACACCAGUUUUAAAAUUAUGGGUACGGGGUACAGCAGAGCAUGAAUAUAAAUAUGUACAUUAUAUAUAUAAUAAUCUGCAAAAGUUCUCAAAUUAAAGAAAGGGGAGAAAAAUAUAAAAUCUAGGUGGAAGGGAAAUAAAAAGAAGCGAACAAUGAAAAUUAAAGCAAAAAUUUGAAAAGAUAAAUUUUUAAGUUUUUAAAAUACCGCCGUACCUGCGUCCCGACACGGGUACUUGGCCAUAACACACGUACCAGGGUGACAUAGGAUCCAUUCCCUCUGGCAAAAGCAACUUGACCAAAAUAUUAAAGUUACAUGUUUUGUGACUAAGUUAAUUCAUUCUUUGCUGUUAUCUACUAAAGCUAUAUCACAAAAUCCAGACACGAAGUUGUCCUUCUAUUGUUUGCAGAUUAGUGGCAUAAAUGGUUGACAUAAGCAAAUGACUAGCUUAAAAACACUCUGAGUAAAUGUCCACGUUGAUCUUUUCCUCUCAAUUUCUGGUUCUCAAUGCAUAGGAAUGGAACUCAUGCACCAUAAUAUUAUGGUGAGUGUAUUGCACAACUGUAUGCCAUCUGGUCAAGUUCCUGAAUGUUGGUGUAGGUUUUUGACGACAGCCUGACUGGCCCCAUGCAAUAUGCAAAAUUGACAAGAAAAAGGGCAUCUCAAGAGUGCAAAGGGCUCAGAUGAGGUGACCUGCUUCUUGCAUUUAUGCCUAGGCGAUCUUCACAUUCAUAGUGGCAUUACCUUGCAGGGAUUUGUCUAAUGCAGCUACUUCUUGUAUGAAACAAAGCCUUAACAUCAUACAUUAUCCCUUGAAGGAAUGCUGCAAUUGUCGUAAACCAAAAUAGUAAGGCAAGGUAGUUCAUAGCAACACAGCAGUCGAUCGAGUAAUCAUAAGGAUUUCCAAGAAGAUUGAAUCCUUCAACUCUUCUUAGAUCUCAUGGAGAAGAAGAAUGAAAGGAACAAUAAUGGUGGGUGCAUCAGCAAAUCAAGAAUGGGGAGGCAGAAGAUAGAGAUAAAGAAGAUAAUCAACGAGGAGGCUCGUCAGGUCUGCUUCUCAAAGCGACGAAAUGGGCUCAUCAAGAAGGCCGGAGAGCUCUGCAUUCUCUGUGGUGUUGAGAUUGCCAUCAUCGUCUUCUCUCCCGCCGGCAAGGCCUUCUCCUACGGCGACCCCUCCGUUGAUGCUGUCAUCAACCGCUUCAUCGACCCUUCCUCCCACGUCCCCACCCCUCCCGACGCCCACUAUGCGUCUACCAUUGAUGAGCUCAACCGCCAGAAUGACGAGCUCGUCCAACAGAUCGAAGUCGAGAAGAAGCGCCGUGUCCUGCUACAAAAGCUGCACCGGAGCGAGGGGUGCGACUUCUGGGACGCCAACAUGGAGAACUUCUCGCUCGAGCAGCUUGAGGAGUUGAAGGGCACCCUGGAGGAGAUGAGGUUGGCUCUGGCCAAGCACGCCAAUGAGCUCACGAUGGGAAUGGCGGCGAUGCAUCUACCAUCCGCCACCAGUCACCACAACCAAUUUCCUCUGCCGUCUCUCCCUCCUCCUCCUUAUGCUUCGGCCAGUUACUCCUCUGCUCCUCUGCCAUCCAGCUCCUUUCUUGGUGUACACAACGCCAACUCCAUGACCAUCCCGUUCACUUAUAGCAACAACGCUUUCAUGGUGUCCUCCUCCAACUCUCACGGAACCAUGGCAACCUCCGGCGAUUAUUUCCUUAGUAACCAUGCUGCUGGCUGGCCAGUCUACCCGCUUUAAGGAUUUCUCUUACUCUUUAGCCAGACCGGAACAUCUAGUGUCCAUGCUCCCCAUGUUAGAUGCAAUGUAGAGUCUAGUGCACCUUAGACCAUUUUUUAUUGUUCAUAACUGUUGCUUGAUUUAUCACAUUCUCUCAAUAAAAUUUGGUAUUUGAUUUUUUGAA